GUUUGCCUUGUCUCACACGUGCUUCUCAACGAUGAGUUGCUCAUGUCGUAUCGCCGCCUGGCGGACGUUCGCGCGGGGCCUCGCACAAAUUCAUCGACCAGAAACUUCUCCAGCAGCGCAUUUUCAAUGGCCGGCCCAUCGUCGCGUGACAGUGUUUGGCCAGAGCCGCGGACUUCACUCUUCGAAAUUUCAUAAACAAGAUGGAGCGGCCAUGGCAGUAGCCACGGAGAAACAUGGAGAGGUGGAGUCACAAAACACCGGCACAAGUGUGGAGGAUACACAUGCAGCUACGACGAAAUCUCUGGACGAGACCACACUACGAGAAGAUGUCGAGACGGAUAAGCAGUCGGUUGAAAGAACACGGGUGAAGAAGGACAGACAUAGGAAUAGAAGGGCUGUUGCUGCGGACGAUACAGAGUCGUCCAUUAUCGAGGAGCAUGAUUCACACGGCACGGUAUCAAUAGCAAGACGAGAGCGAACGGCCGAAUUGACACCCAUGGAUUUACCGCCCACAGAUUCCACAGACGCUGCUUCCACACCAAGGCGAAGAAAUCAAGAACCAUGGCAGCUCCAAAAAGCAGCCCUCAAAGAGAAAUUCCCCGAAGGCUGGCAGCCGCGCAAACGUCUCUCGCCAGACGCCCUGGCCGGAAUCCGAGCCCUCAACGCCCAAUUCCCAGACAUUUACACGACGGAAGCCCUCGCGGACAAGUUCCAAGUCUCGAGCGAGGCCAUACGCAGAAUCCUAAAGAGCCACUGGCGGCCGUCCUCGCAGGAGGAAGAGGACCGGCAGCAGCGAUGGUUCCGGCGCGGCAAGCAGGUGUGGGAGCAGAAGGCCGCGCUGGGGAUCAAGCCGCCGCAGAGGUGGCGCAUGGAGGGCAUCGCGCGAGAUCCGGGCUAUCACGAGUGGAGCAAGAAGGUGUCGCAGCGGGAGAAGGAGUGGGAGGAGGAGGAGAAUCGAAAGUAUCGGGCGUAUUUGGAGAAGAAGAAGAAAAAGACGGAAUUCAAGAAGGGAUGGUGAUAGUUAUAUGUGUCCUACAUCAUGAUGGGGCUAUAUAUACGUGUACGAAAUACAGGGAGUUGGUGGGAAAUGAAUUAGACGACGACAGCAUGGAUAGAGAGACUCGACUCUGCUCUGGGUAUAUAUCACGGCAUCACUUGAAGCAUGGACUUUUUUUUUUUU